AGCUUUUUGAAAAGUAACAGAAAGAAGAGAGGAGAGAAGAAGAGAAAAGAAGAGAGGAUCUUAGGGAAAGAAAAACAGGAAACUUUAGGAGAGUUUGGCUUGGAGCCUUGUGACACAGGUGACCAUGGCAUUACCAGUGUGCAAGGAAGCCCCAAAGUGUCUGAUGGAAAACAAUGAUGGAGAUCUGAAGGUAAACCCCAAAGCCCCACAGAUUCUAACUUCAAUCAUCAAGCCAAUAGUAGUGGUAGUUUUUGCUGGGCAGCACUCUAUUGGGAAAUCCUACUUGAUGGACUGGCUGGCAGGAUCAAACUCAGUUGAAGAGAUCAAAAGAGAAGCAGCUGAGAAAGAUAAGUUGUUAAAACAGCAACAAGUUGAAAAGCAGCAAAAGAUAGAAGCUCAGCAGAGAAGUUUGGAAGAAAAGAUGAACCAAUUGAAAUGGAAGAUGAUGGAAAAUAGAUACAAGAGGCUGGAAAAAAAUAAUAUGAUGCUGAAAUCUAAGCUGAAGGAACAAGAGAAGCUAAGAAAGGAAGACUUUCAAAAAGAAGUUGCAAAGAUGAAGAAAAAAAUUAAAGGCCUAGAAGCAGAGAAUAAGGAUAUUAAGAAUAAAAAUUCCAGCUGGUGGGGCAAACUUUUAGGUAUAGCUGAAUUUGCAGUGAAGUUUAUGUUCUCUGGUGCAGGAAAAUUUGCUGAGAAGUAGUAAAAGGCAUUAGCCACUUCUUUAUCCAAAUAGGUUUCAGUUUCCCAAAAGAAAAUUAUUGAGUAAUAUUAUCCCACUUUAAAAAAAUAUGGAGUUAAGAUCUCCUUGUGCAUGAAUGUGAAGCUUUUGUAGAAUCAUCCUGCUCCUUCAUACUUAGGUGAGGUCCUUAACAUACAGGCUACCUGGCAUAUCUCAGAGAGAACAAUUGCUCAUUGUUCCUAACAGGACAGUACUUAAAUUCAGGAGAACCUGAGUUCAAAUCUGACAUCAACCAACUUCUAGGACCCUAAGAAAGUCAAUGAAACUCUGUGUUUUAGAUUUCUCAUCAUAAAAUGGGGGUAGCAAUAUAUUCAUAGAUUUUUGUGAGGAUAAAGAGUAAAGUUAUUUUGAAGCCUUAAUAUGCUAUAAAAAUGCUAACUAUUAAUAUUAUGAAAUGCUUUACUCUAGAGAUCUGCCCAAAUUCACACUGAAGAAGUGACUUACACCAAGUACUUUUGAUUGCAAAUAUUUUCUGACCACUCAGAGGUCAACUCUCUUGACCCCUCUUUAGAGAAAAUACAGAAAUUUGCCCUGUGAUACUUAGAUUGUUAAAAGUCCAAGUGGAAUAGUUCCUGAUUUCAAAACCCUCACUUAUACUUUGAAGUUAUCAAUAGAAAGUGUUUGGGGUUAUGAAAUGGGGAAGAUGAUAAUCAGUACCUUGCAUGUUUAGCUUUAUAAUCAUUUAUCAGCUGUCAGUUAUAGAAUGAAAAGUAACUCUGCGACUUAUUGGAAGAUUAUAGACCCAGUGAAAAUGUGUAUAACCAAAGUAUGAGGUAGUCCCAGGGAUAUUCCUGUGUUAGUGGACCUAAGAAGUAUAAUUCUAAUCAUUAUAAAGCAUAUAACCACAUCAAUCAUCUUUAUAAUAAAAUGUAAUGAGCUCCUGAGCUUAUGAUGGCAAAA